ACACACACACACAAGUUGGCACAACUGUAGGUCUACCUGAAUUGCUUGCGGUUUCCAGACCUUUGAAGCACAAACUAUUAUUGUAGCGGUUGCCUGGCAGUGUCGGCAGUAUCAGCUGCAUCGCUUUCCCAUGGGACUGCCAGAGACUUAGAGAGCAAGAAAUAGAAGCAGGGAGAUGCCGCGCUGCGCUCCACUCACACAUUUGGCAAACCGCCCUUGUAGGCUAGCCUACUUCUCUCACCCUCGAGCUACUCUCCAAUCCUCGCUAGACCUAAUAAGUGAAUUCAACAGACAACCAAGAACGUGACUGCGUUAAUGGAACGCAUGGCAAGAAGCAGUAAGGUUCGUUUUUUAAACAUUUUGCAAAGAUAUGCGAAAGCUGAGUUUUCAGUCGUGAUGCUGAGAGACAUUGUUGUAAAUCAACAACCUCGAGCGAGAGGAAAUUGACUUUCGACGGACAAGCGCAAACUCUUCUCAGCUUCAAAGACUGAUGGUUAUUGCUACAGAGCAGGUUCCCGUGGCAGGGCUGAGGAGGGAUGCUCUUGGGGGAGUGCAGUAGUACCAGUAGGUUGCUGGAGGCUCUGUGUGGCAAGAGAAGGGUGGUUGUGUCGGCCAUGAAGCUGCCCUGCUCCUUCUACUGUUCCCUCUGGUUCCUCCUGCUCCUGGGGGCCGCGUCCUUACUCCUCCUAGUCCACCUCCAGGGCCUCUCAGACAUGCUCCAGCAACAGACCCCAGGUGCGAAGUUCAUGGUUGCUCCAAGGUGGCCAAUUCAAAAGGAUCAGCCCUCAGACAGUGCAGUCUUUGAGGGCAUCAACCUAGGUGGAGGUUUCCAUGGAGCUCCAGGGGAAGAGAUAUCCUCUAACCCCAGCCUCCCUAGUCCUAGCCCCAGGCAGCCCCCUUCCUUACAGUGGCUGCCCCACCCAUCCACCCCAACCUCCGGAGACCAACAGGCCGAAAGCCCCAGGCCGCCGGUCACUAAACGCCACAGGAAGCUGCUGUUAAAGAGCGGUUCUGUAAUUCCUAGUGGUGCCCCCCCUGGUGCCCCCCCUGGUGAGGAGGACCGUAAGUUACAGGGCAUGGCUCAUACCCAAAUGUCCCGCCACCACCUGCUGAGGGAGGUCUGCACCAAAUACCAUCCGGGCGUUACCGAGCACCCCAUCUCCAGCCGGCAGGUGUCCCGGGUCUACGUGGAGGAUAGGUCAGGGCUGCUGUACUGUGAGGUGCCCAAAGCUGGCUGCUCCAACUGGAAGCGGGUGCUGAUGGUCCUGGGAGGCAGUGCCACCUCCACGCACGGCAUCGCCCACGACGACGCCCACUAUGCCAACCAGCUCCGCCGACUGGACACCUACAGCCAGGCGGGCGUGGCAGAGCGCCUCCGCUCCUACACCAAGGUCCUCUUCGUACGGGAGCCCUUCGAGAGGCUGGUGUCGGCCUUCCGCGACAAGUUCGAGAGCCCCAACUCGUACUACCACCCAGUGUUUGGCCGGCCCAUCAUCUCCCGGUACCGGGCCAACGCCUCGCUCUCCGCCCUGAGGACCGGCGCCGGCGUCACCUUCAGGGAGUUUGUCCAGUACCUGUUGGAUGUGAGGCGACCCGUGGGCAUGGACAUCCACUGGACGCCGGUCAGCCAGCUCUGCAGCCCCUGCCUGCUGCACUACGACUUCAUCGGGAAAUUCGAGAGCCUGAAGGAGGAGGCAAACUUCCUGCUGCGGAGUAUCGGGGCACCUAGCAACCUCACUUUCCCUGACUUUAAAGACAGGAACCCCAAAGCAGAAAGGACUUCCUACACCAUUACCCAGAGAUAUUUUGAACAGUUGAACACCACGGAGAGACAGAGGGCCUAUGACUUUUAUUACAUGGAUUAUCUGAUGUUUAAAUACCCCAAACCCUAUAAAGACCUGUACUGAAGUAUUGGCUGGAUUGACAUGUUUAGAUGAUUCAUUUAAGAUUAUAAAUAUGAACACUACAGAAGAGAUUAUUAUCCUGUGGGACUUGAAUAAGCACUACAGACACAUUGAUGUAAAGUAUUCUACGUGUCUUAUUUACAUCUGGUUACAAUUAUGAUUUGAUGUGAUUACUUUGAGCAUAGGUUGUACAGCUUUUGGUCAUAACACUUUGUAUAGUGUGCGAACAGAUGUGCUUUCUUUGUCAAAUGCACUUUUAUUGAUUGGCAGACAUAGCCUACAUACAACAUCCUCUCAACAAUCAACGAGAUAUUGCUCUCAAUCAACAGCAUAAUGACUUCUAUGAAGUGACCUAUACUCUGAGUGAAGACUUUAUCUCUUCAUUUUCUAUUUUUUUCAGCCUUGUUAUAUGAAGGUAUACUUGUCAUUUUGGGUCAUCGUCAAUCAUGUGACUUUUAAAAAGGAAAACGUGUCUUGUUAUUCUGCAGACCUUUAUAAAAAAGAAGGAAAAGAGAGCCUAGCUAUACUCUCCCAAAGCAAAGACUAGUGUUUGCAGAUACUGCAUCACAUUUGACAGUUAGUGAAAUCCUGCAUUGCCUACUGAUGAGAAGUACCAUGUGUCUUAGACCAUUUUAAUAUCAUUCAAUUUGAUUUCAAAACCACAUUUGCUCUUGAGGUAUUUGUUUUCUAUUUUACAUACAGAACAUACAAUCAACUUGUUACAGUACGUACCUCCAGGCGGAAGGUAGCUUAGCGGUUAAGAGCGUUGGGCCAGUAACUGAAAGGUCACUGGUGCAAAUCCCGAGCCAAUUAGGUGAAAAAUCUGCCGAUGUUCCCUUGAGCAGGACCUGUAACACUAAUCGCUCCUGUAAGUCGCUCUGGAUAAGAGCACCUGCUAAAUGAAAACAAACUAAGGGACAGGAAACACACGAAAUAAGGGACAGGAAAAAUAUAUCAAUGUCAGUUGGUAGCUCAGUUGGUAGAGCAUGGUGCUGCCAGGGUUGUGGGUUCGAUUCCCACAGAGGACCAGUACAAAAAAAGUAUCAGAAUGUAUGCACUCACUAAUAUAAGUCACUCUGGAUAAGAGUGUCUGCUAAAUUACUAAAAUGUAAAAUAUUGCCUUUCAGAUACAACUGUGGGUUCAUGAUCUUUGAUUCUGUAAUGUACAAUAGGGUUUCUGGGUCAUUGUAUACUAAUGAUUACACUGUAAAGAGUAAAUAUAUUGUUUUACAUGUCUGUGCAGAAGUGUUCUAUCUACAAACACGAUUUCAAUCCCCUAGCCUUAACACUGCCAAUUUUGCUAAUAUUGUUUGGGUUUUAAUUUGUUUGGGUUUUAAAGCACCAUUACCAUUUAAUAAAUGUUUUAUCAAGCCUUUACUAAUUAAACAAAAACAUUUCUCUGUU